GCAUGCGCAUGUAACUUUUAAGUCAGCAAAAGGAACCAUUUUGUCAGAACAUAAGUUUACACAGACUAAACGAGAAAAACCACAAAACAUGGGUUUAAUGAAAGGUUUACUGAGUGCUGUUGGAGCAAUAGUAUUAAUAAUAAUUGGCGUGAUUGUUCUGGUAUAUUGUUUAAGAAAGAGAAGGCAGCGACAAAUGGACAAAACUGUUGUCACAUAUCAAAGCCCACCACCACCAGGACAGCAGCCAUACUUUCCACCUCAACCAGGACAACAGCAAUAUUACCCACCCCAACCGGUACAGCAGCCAUAUUAUCCUCCUCAGCAACAAAUGGCAUAUGGUCAGGGUCAGGGAUAUGCUCAGCAACCGCCUCCCUAUGCUCCACCAGCACCAGGCGGCUAUAUCCCACCUACUUACUGAUAAGUGAAAAGCAGCACAUAAAAACAAUAUUGUCACUGUGUGACAGGUUUUCCUCAGACGUGUUACAAUAUGGUGUUAGUGAGAGCGGCAUUCUGUACAAAAAUGGAGAGAGACGUGAAAGAUCCAGAUUUACCACAAAGACUGCUAUGUAUGCAGCUGAAUAUUUAAACUAUCUACUUUUCCCCCCAAUUUUUUUAUUCUUUUUAAGGCUUUUUGCAAACAUUAAGUAAGAAGUGCAAUAUAUUUAUAUUUAAAACCAAGAUGUAAAAAUUGUAUACAUGAUUUCCUACAUAAUAUGGUAGAGCAUUUUCCAUUUAUCUGUUAGUGUAUGAAAAUAGGGGUUCAUGAAAAGGAUGAUUUAAAGGGGGGGAGGGUAACAACUUUAUUUUGUCAGAGAAAAGUGCCAUAAAAGGGAUUGUCCCAUGAUUAACGACAGUUGUGUGGUAUUUGUAAUAAUCUCUUUAGAGAUUAUUAGGGAGGGUAACCAUCUAGAAGGUCCACAUGGUCCGAUGGCAAGCUCAGAUUUGAGAAUUGUGCUAAUCACCAUUUUGGUGGUAAAAUGAAAUUUAUUAUAUUUCUUUGUUGUUUACAAUAUAUUUAAUGGGGAAUUUCAAAUCUCAUGUGAAGAGUUGUUAUCCAUUUAACAAAACUGUACUGAUGAUCUCCAAAGGUUUAAUUUUGUUUUAAAUGUACUCAGAAAUUAAUGUAAAGAUUGGAUAAUACUGUUGCUCAAAUGCACUUUGUAAAAUAAUGGACCAGGCACUUUGUCAUAUCAAAUGAAAGCAUUUUGUAAAUCUACUCCACUUAGAAAGUAGACAAACAUACUAUAUAUUUAUGCAAAAACAAUUCCUUUUGUCAAAUUGAUGCAUUGUGAUGCCAUGCUUCAAUUAGUAACUGUAACGAUAUCAUGUUAUUAUGAGUUGCCAUGACAUUGAUUAAAAGACUUCUGGUUAUGUACAUUGUUGUGCCUUAGCUCAUGUGCAAAACAUGUGCAUACAAUUCUGCAUGAACAUAAUGGGUGUGCUUCUAUUAUGAGAAAUAGAUAAAGCCAACAUGUAUGUUUUGUGUUUAGACAAAUGUUUAGUGUUUUGUGUUUAGGCAUGGAAGAACUUGAUCUGUGGUUAACCCUGAAGUGCACACAAGGGACCUCGAAAAGCUGACACUGCAUUUUAAAAUUGUGACAUAAAAUGGGUGCCCUUAAAAUGUAUAUCAGUGAGACUUGAUUGAGAGGUCAUGAUAGUCCCGUAUACUAAAAGUUAUACUUUGCUUAUUGGUUAUCAGCACCAGAUACCCAGUGUAGUGUGUCUGGGCAUGAGAGGCCUCUAAGGUUGUGUGUAUCUUCAUACAAUUAUUUUCUUUGUGUACCAUCUUCUGUAUUUUAUGCUUUAUUUCUCUACAUUUGUCACCAUUUUCUAAAUAUUGCAUUUUGAUACAAAUAUUAACUCAAGUUUAAUGUACAUGUUGGGUUUGUGACAUUUGCACUGUAUUUCCAAUUUGAAAGAUUUUUAUAUACAGGUACAGCAGUUAUAUAUUAAAAAUGUGU